AUGGCUCCCGUCAAGGUCGGCAUCAACGGCUUCGGCCGCAUCGGCCGCAUCGUUUUCCGCAACGCCGUCGAGCUGCCCAACAUCGAGGUGGUUGCCGUCAACGACCCCUUCAUCGAGACUGAAUACGCUGCCUACAUGCUCAAGUAUGACACUUCCCACGGCGUCUUCAAGGGCGACAUUGCCGUCGACGGCAAGGAUCUGUCCAUCAACAACAAAAAGGUCAAGUUUUACACGGAGCGCGACCCGGCCGCCAUUCCCUGGAAGGACACGGGUGCCGAGUACGUCAUCGAGUCCACCGGCGUCUUCACCACCACCGACAAGGCCAAGGCCCAUCUCCAGGGCGGCGCCAAGAAGGUCAUCAUCUCGGCCCCCUCGGCCGAUGCCCCCAUGUACGUCAUGGGCGUCAAUGAGAAGUCGUACGACGGCAAGGCCGAUGUCAUCUCCAACGCCUCGUGCACCACAAACUGCCUGGCUCCCCUGGCAAAGGUCAUCCACGACAAGUUCACCAUUGUCGAGGGUCUCAUGACCACCGUCCACUCCUACACCGCCACCCAGAAGACCGUCGACGGCCCCUCCGGCAAGGACUGGCGAGGCGGCCGUGCUGCUGCCCAGAACAUCAUCCCCAGCAGCACCGGCGCCGCAAAGGCCGUCGGCAAGGUCAUCCCCGACCUCAACGGCAAGCUGACGGGCAUGUCCAUGCGCGUCCCCACCGCCAACGUCUCCGUCGUCGAUCUGACGGUCCGCCUCGAGAAGAGCGCCACGUACGACCAGAUCAAGGACGCCAUCAAGGAGGCCGCCAACGGCCCCCUCAAGGGCAUUCUCGCCUACAGCGAGGACGCUCUCGUCUCCAGCGACUUGAACGGCAACACAAACUCGUCCAUCUUCGACGCCACUGCCGGCAUCUCCCUCAACCCCAACUUUGCCAAGCUCAUCAGCUGGUACGACAACGAGUGGGGCUACUCCCGCCGUGUCCUGGACCUUGUGGCCUACAUCGCCAAGGUCGAUGCCGGCAAGUGA